AUGGAUUUCAACCUUCUAACAGACUCUGAGGCUCGCAGUCCUGCCCUCUCUCUGUCUGACUCUGGAACACCUCAACAUGAUCACAGCUGCAAAGGGCAGGAUCACAGUGACACAGAAAAGUCUCAACAAAACCAAACAGAUGACUCCAAUCCUGAAGAUGGAUCACUUAAGAAGAAACAAAGGAGGCAGAGGACACAUUUUACCAGUCAACAACUCCAAGAGCUUGAGGCCACCUUCCAGAGGAACCGUUACCCAGACAUGAGCACCAGGGAGGAAAUCGCAGUGUGGACCAACCUCACGGAGGCCAGAGUUAGGGUAUGGUUCAAGAACCGGAGAGCCAAGUGGAGAAAACGAGAACGAAAUCAGCAAGCUGAACUUUGCAAGAAUAGCUUUGGAGCCCAAUUUAAUGGACUUAUGCAGCCCUAUGAUGACAUGUACUCUGGAUACUCUUAUAACAACUGGGCUACCAAAAGUCUUGCAACUAGUCCCCUCUCUGCUAAAAGCUUUCCAUUUUUUAACUCCAUGAAUUCUCCACCCAACUCGAUAGCCUCUAUGACCAUGCCUUCUUCUAUGGUUCCAUCAGCAGUGACUGGAGUUCCAGGCUCUAGCCUUAAUAAUUUGGGGAAUAUCAACAACCUUAACAGCCCCGGUCUCAAUUCUGCUGUCUCAGCCAGUGCCUGCCCCUAUGCCUCUUCAGCGAGUCCCUACAUGUACAGGGACACAUGCAACUCAAGCCUUGCAAGUUUAAGGCUGAAAGCUAAACAACAUGCUAACUUCACGUACCCAGCAGUACAGACUCCGGCUUCAAAUCUAAGCCCAUGUCAGUAUGCUGUGGACCGGCCAGUAUGA